GGAGGGGGCACUGUCCCCUGCUGCAUGCAAACUGUGUCCAGUGGGGAGGUACUGCAGGGGGGACGCUAACUGGGAACCAGAUGGUCUGUGUUCAGCUGGAUAUUACUGCUCAGGAGGAGCUGCCGAUGCCGUUCCACACAGGACACCCAGGCUGCCAUUCAAUGGGCCCUGUCCACCUGGACACUACUGUCCGGAGGGCACUCAGUUCCCAGUCGCCUGCCCAGUGGGCACCCUGAAUAAUGCCACAGGUGGCUCCUCCCAGGACAGCUGUGUGGCAUGCUAUCCUGGAUCCUUCUGCGCUAGCAUCGGUCUGAGCUCGCCUACAGGACCCUGUGCUGCAGGUUCCUACUGCCCAGCGAACUUCAGCUCCUUCAGCCCCACUACAUUCCUCUGCCCUAAGGGUCACUUCUGUUCUUCUGGGUCUGCCCAUCCAGCCCCCUGCCCAACGGGGGAGUACCAGCCAAACAGGGGUUCUGAGUCCUGCAUUCCUUGCCCACCAGGCUUCUACUGCGAAGAGGCAGUUGCAGGAGACCCUCAACCCUGCCCUCCACACACCUACUGUCCUGAAAGUACACUGGUUCCUUCUCCAUGUCCCGAUGGCACGUUCACCCCUCCAGACAUGACUGGCCUCAGGGAGGAGAGAGAAUGCCUGGCCUGUUCACCUGGUCACUACUGCAGGGCUGGGCGGCUGGAGGGGAAGUGUGCUGCUGGGUACUUCUGCCAGACCAGGAGUUCUGAGUCUACUCCCCAGUGCCUUGACUUUCCCUGGAGCUCCCUGACAGAAUGCCGCUGGGGGCAGGUGCAUGCGGGUCUCUGCCCAGCAGGUUUCUACUGCCAGGAAGGCUCCGAGGUGCCAACGCCAUGCCCCCCCAACACCAUUGGAGCUAUCCCAGGGGCAAGGCGGAGAGAAGACUGCCUACCCUGUCCACCAGGCCACUGGUGUAAAGCAGGGGAUCCAGUGGCCUAUCCGUGCCCCCCUGGACACUACUGUGGCAGCGUGAAUCUCACCGAGCCCAUCACUCUCUUGGCACCUCAGCAAUGCCCUGAGCACACUUACCGCACAGCCCCAGGGGCACAGAGCCUGGUGGAUUGCGAGCCUUGCCCCCCAGGUUAUCUCUGCCAAACACCAGGCCUUACCAGUUUUGAAGACUACCCCUGCCCCCCUGGAUACUGGUGCCCAGGUAAAGGGGGCAGGCUUUUAUGCCCACCUGGUACCUUCAGGACCCAGCCUGGUGCAGCAUCUUUGGAAGAGUGUGACCCCUGCUCUCCUGGCUAUUAUUGCCCAGACCCAGCAGAGACGGGACUGCCCAAUGUCCAAGGAGCUCUUUGCCAACCCGGCUAUGAGUGCCCACCAGGUUCAGUGACUCCAACCAUAUGCAGGGGUGGCUUCUACUGCGGGCUCCGCACAGGGGUCCCUUCCAUGUGUCCAGGUGGAUAUUAUUGUCCAGAAGGAUCAUCCAAGUACAACACCCCCGAACAGCUAUGUGUGUUCCCCUAUUACUGUCCUCCAGGCAGUGCCCAUCCACUGCUCUGCAAGGGAGGAUACGCAGCCCUGAAUGUGACCGGCCCAAGGGACUCCUUUGAGAAAUGCUGCAGGAUUUGUGAUCUGGGCACCUACCAUAGUGACUCCCUCAUCAGCCCAUCCUGCCAGCCCUGCCCAUCAGGCUUCAGUUGCCCCCAAGGUGGAGGAGCGCUGUGCUCCCGGGGAAGUCCGUCUGGCAUCCACACGCAAAUGCAUUUCCCCCGAACUAUAUGACUGUUCUCCCUUCUGUGGUGCACUGGGCGGAGAACUCAGUGCAGAGUUGGGCAUGUGUCGCUGUGAGCAGUACGUCUCCGCUGAAGAGCUGUGUGACCGAGAGUGCUUGCUGAACACCCCACAGAUCUCUCUGAGCCUUGGCAUCCAUUCAGAGCUCCUACUGAGUGCUGGGGAAGGAGAGGACAAAGAGGUGACAAACAUUCUGGGCCCAGAUGAACAUGUGCAGAAGAGCCAACAGGUGCAUUUGGUUCAGUUUGGCUCCACUGGAGUAUUUGGUUUCAUUAUUUCCAGCACAGACAUG